CCGCCGAAUACUUUGGCAACCUCAUCGAACCUGUAUUCCUUACGGAAAUGGACUGCAAACCCUGGCUUGUUCUCGUUGCGGUGAGACGAUUGAGACUUGGACAUUUGACUCCCGUCCGCGAGGUCUCAGCCAAAAAGUCUUAUGGUCCGAUCUCCCUUUUGUACUCCGUGCAAUGGUGCCUAGGAAGGACUCCGUUUAGGCAAUACCCCAUCAUUUCUCUGAGUGCAGAUGUCCCAAUCUCGCCUUCCUCGGCAUGUGAAACGCACUGUGCCCCAGUCGUCUUCCCGUGUUUUAUUCAAUAAUCCGGAGCCCUUUAGCACCCAGACGGAAUCCAUUACUGUACGCCCUGAUGGACCCAUGGCAAAAUUUUCACAAGUUGCAAACGUGAGUCCUCGCACUCCGAUGACAAACGUGCCACGCGGUGGUCCAAAGAUCUUUCAGACAUCCCCUUCGACGAAUCUCACAGGGUCACCACCUCGUCCUUCGGCGUUGCGUGGUCGAAACGUUUCCGCUCCGCCCCGAUCUAAUUCUCUUGAAUCUAAAAAGAAGGCUGGGCCUUCAGAGUCCAGUGUUGUCUCUCCUCGCGGGCAGAUCGGUCAACCAGUUCUUCCAGUUCUUCCGACCGAGAGGACCAAUGCAUCUGCAUCGCCCCCUGCUCGGCAGGAGGCUUCAAAACAGGAUACAGUGGUCAGCGAACACCCUGUUCCCCGGACAACCCGAUCCAGAUCCUUUGCUGGUGUUAGCAGACUGGUUUCGAAGAUAGUCCGCAGCGAUCCUCUCCGGGCGAGCGACCCGGGUCCUAGAGUGGCACAAGCUAGAGUUGCUGACCACUUGUUGCUUAUCGAUGAUACUCAUUUGCAUAUCCUAAGGCGGCUGGGAAGGCUCGUUGGCGAGAUGCCGGGAUAUGAGGGUAAAGGGGCUGAAACCGUCAGGAGUCUCAUCAGGGGCGAUAAGUUGAUUGCUUUGCACUCUUCGGAGAAGGAGGCAAAGCGACAGGCUGAACGUGAUCGCAAAAAAGGUGAAAAGCGCUUUAGAAAAGAGCAUCCUGUCUUCGGGAAAUCGCUCAUUUCUGUUGUGCACUAUGCUGCUUUGCCGUUGUUUUUGGGAAACCAGCUCGAAUGCCGUCUACCGACGGUCCUGAUUAAGACGGUAGAGGAAAUUUAUGCUCGGGGCUUCCAUAUCGCACCAAUGUUUAGGAACCUUCCGGAAGAACAAACGGAAGGCGUACGCAAUCUCAUCGACUUUCACAGCACCGGACCAAGAUAUGGAGACGAUGAACACUCCCCCAUCCACACAGCCCCGCUGCCAGAUAUCGCUGCGACACUUUUGCAUUACCUCAACACUUUGCCCGAUCCUCCUCUCGACUCUGCACUUCUGCAUGCCAUCCUUCGGUUGUGUGUGCUUCCAUCUACUUGCGACCUGAAAAAGUAUGGCAGGCCAUGUUCUCCUUGGAAGGAACGACGUCGUAUCCGAGUUGCCAAACUUGUGCUUCGCCUUCUACCCAAGUCCCAUUUCUCCACUCUUGUUUAUCUCCUUGCUCUGCUUUCGCUCGUGCCCACCGAUCCCGUUCACGACUUGACAUAUAAAGACAUUGCCGAUGUUUUCGGUUAUGCAAUUUGUGGACCCCGGGAUUCUUUAUCGUUCCUUCGCGAUGGAGAUAUGACACAGCGUAUCAAGACAAGGGAUACGGAUAGAUUUGAGGAGGUUGCAGAUGGCUAUGUGCGGGCUCUGGCCAAGGAAGCUCUUUUGUGGUUAUUGCUCUACUGGGAUUAUAUUUCAGAAGGACUUCUCACAGACGACUUUGAGGGUGAUCUGGAGAAUUUUGGUGAGGAGGAUGAGGCGGUUUAUGGAAAAGAUGCAUGGGAUGACCAAGAUGAUGCUGAGGGGGACGAAGGCGAGGAUGACGGCGUGGACGACUCAUGGCUGAAUCCUUUGGUGGAACUUACUGCUGUUUCUCCAUGCAAAUAUUCCCCUCGUCAAGUCUCGUCCACCUCUUCGUUUUCGUCAUCGCCGAAUCCUUCCCAGACAUCGUUGAGUAUGAAGUCCAGUGACAGCGACGCUUCGUAUGAGAUGCCGUUCCGGCUCUUCCAAAAUGCAAAGCCUACACCUGGAACAGAAUAUCUCGGUCAUUCGGGUUACUUUUCUUGCAAUCCUCGCUCCGGAAGUGAUCAACUGUGCACAUCGUUGCGGAUCACUGACGCAGCGACAAGCUCAACGAGCAUUGCCACCUCCGCUAUUGCAGAAAACUCCACAUUCGAGAAGUCGCCAACCAUCACGGGCGCUUCCGCUUUGGAAGAGCUCAUCCAUCAUCAAGAGAAUGAUAUUCAGUUCAAAAUGCAGACUAUCUCCUCACAGGCAAACAGGAUAUCAACCCUCGAGAACGAGGCUAAAAAGCUCAGGGAAGAGAGGGACCAGUCCAGGGCUCAGCUCGAGAAACUCAAGGCGAAGCUAGAGAGGCUAAUGGCUGACUAAUUGCACAACCGACUACGGCUAUCAUUUUCGCACCAUAGAUCCAGUAGACCCUGCUGGUGUGCUGCAGACGAGUCAAGGAUGCCAUCUUGUCUGUUCACAUGCAUCGCUAUAACGUGUCCUGCGUCCGCAUUAACUCAAGGCGCGCCUGUAAACGUAAUUACAGUUCGGCACCAAUAUUGGCAGAUUACUUUGCUCUUAACAAGCGGUCAGGAGAAUUCAAAUUAUACUUG